UUCGGCGCACUUCUCGUUUCAAACCAUAAAGUUAAAUCUCUCGUUUGCACAGCUCGGCAAUUUGAUUUCAACGCAUUCAUUCGGAACAAAAAUCUCUUAAACAAUGAUGAUCAAGUGCAUUGCUUUGUUCGCCUUGGUAGCAUUUUCCGCUGCUUUUGUGAUUCCUGAAGAUCAAUAUCAACAAUACUUCCUUGUAGGACAUUACGAACCGGAAGAAUAUGAACUGAUAGAUGUUGAUCACCAUGCUAGAAAUAAAAGAUCUUUUGCGCCAGGUGGUACACAAAUAGGCGGCAGCACUGAAAGUCCUUAUCCGUGGAGUGUCGGAGGUAGCGUUGAUAAAGUUGGACAGAAUACUGUUACCAGUAUUAAUGCUGGUCACAAAACUGAUCAAACUCAUGUAACUGGAUCAUGGAGUAAAGUUGUUAGAGGACCAAAUAGGGCUAAACCCAACUGGAGUAUUGGGGUUCAACAUAGAUGGUAGAAAAUAUCAACAUUUCAGAAUUAAAUAUCACUUUAUUUAUUUUUCAAGAAAUUGUAAAUUUAAUUGUAUCACCAUUACAUUCAAUAAAAACAUGCUGGAUUGA